AUGUACAAUCCAGUAAGGCAUAAUAUUUAUGAAAAUAUUGAGAAGUAUUUGCCUAUACCAUAUCAAUUGGAUGAACCAAUCAAUUUUAGUGAGCGUAAUAAGUCGAAUCGGUAUGGAAUUGUAACGAAAGACUGUUCAACAAAGAUAAAACAACUGGUUAGUACACCUAGAGGAGUUCGAAGGUAUAUGAAACCACCACCAGUAAGCAGAGAAAUGAUACAGUACCAAGUACCAGAGAAACUUCAACACGAUUCAGUAGACAAAACAAAAUCAGAAAUGAGAGUCAAUCCAAAAUCGUUGAAUGGAGAAAAUGUUAUUCAUUCUACACUACCAAAGUCAAAACCAGAUCCAGGAACUUCUGAAAUAGUCAGGCAAUCUGUUAGACCUGUUGCCCUCAGUAGGAUAAAUUCUGUCAGCACAGAUACAAUAGACAUGGAUAUCGAAAAUUAUAUAAAGUACAAGAAUCUAGAGAAAGAGAAUAUUAUUCUAGAACAACAGAAAGAUUUGGCUGAAGCGAAAACACUAGUUUUCUAUCUAAGUGAACAAUUAAUGUUAUCCAAAUAUAAUGAGAACAAUGAGAAAAUGAAUGCUAUGAGAAAUCAGUCAGAUCAGCAUCAAACACGACAGCCACAAAGUCAUCCGGAACAAUAUAGCAAACGUCAUGUGGAAGAGAAGCAGAGAAUUCAUCAAGAACCAACUACACCAGCGCCAGCACUAACACCAAAAAUAGAAGAACCAUCACCACCACCACGACAUCAACAACAACAACAACAACUAGUGUAUCACCGGAAACAAAUGCCACUUCCAAAUGGUAGUGCGAAUCAGAAAAUGGAAUCAGAAUAUAUGAAUUUAAAGACAUUUAGCGAUAAAUAUACUGAAACUAGUGAACCACUCUCAUUGAAUACCAUGGCAUCAGUUAUCAACACAGAAGAUAUUCAUGGACCAUUAAAUCCUGAUGCAGUCUUGGUUACACUGGAUAAUACAUGGUUAGUGUCAUGGAGUAAACCUGAAUCUGUGGCCUCAGACCAAACUACAGUUACUUCAAUUGUUGGAUAUGUGAUAUCAAUAAACGGUAUGGAAAUCAAGCGCAUACCAAGUGCACAUGUUACAAAGUCAAUUAUUCAUUUAUCAGAACAUGUCAGAUAUCCAGUGACACUACACAUCCAAUCGCUUGAUGAGAACAGCUAUCUAUCGAAGCCGGCAUUGAUUACACUCAAUGCUUAG